UUGAUCUUGGCGGGGUUGUGUUGUCACUUUUGUGAAGUACAAACGUUGCUUAGGUAAAAAGAGUAUUCCGGUUUGGUGUUUAUCGUUACCUGAUUUAAACAUUAAUUUAAUGGCUUCCCGCCAACGUAAAGGUCGAGUAUCUGCCUCUACAAGCAAAGCUAAGAAGGCAGAGGUAGGAAAUGGAGAUUGUCCAGCCAGUGGUAUUGGGCAGAAACGUAAGAUUGAGGAGGUGAAAGAGGAAGAAGAGUUAAAUGGCCGUUCUGACUCUGGCAAUGAAGAACUGGUACUGCGGUGGGAGUGGGAAAAUGAUGAAGGCGCUUGGAGUGUUUAUUCAGCUGAGCUGAACAAGGAAAUCUCUGAGGCAUUCAGGUCAAGUCAGGCUUCACUGACCCUUUCUUUGAACCCCAACACCAAAAUCCAAGUUGAUUUGAAAAAAUUGACCCAGAAGAACCUCCAGACUGGGUUUGAGAGACGUGUGCGACUUGGCAUUGAGGAUCGUGGAAUCUGUUAUGUUUGGGAGUGGGAAGGAGAUGAUGCAAACUGGGUCGCAUACAGUGCUGAAGCCACUGUUGCCUUGGAGACAGCACAGCGAAAUGAUGAGAAGACAGUGAGCCUGACUUUCGGAAAAACACAGUAUACUCUGGAUCUGGGAAAGAUGGUUCAGAUCAACAGCAAAACUAAAUAUCGCAGGAAGAUCAGGCGAGAAGAAUCAGCUGUUGAAGAAGCCGAAGAAACUCCAAAGCCCGUUCCCAGCUCUAGUAACUCCACCAAGCAACCUGCAAAGAGAAAUCGUGGGACCAGCAAGCAGAAUGCGAAUAACAGUCAAACGGAGACAAAUGGCCCGGAUCAAAAAGCUGUUGAGGAAGCCGAAGAAACUCCAAAGCCUGUUCCCAGCUCUAGUAACUCCAUCAAGCAACCUGCAAAGAGAAAUCGUGGGACCAGCAAGCAGAGUGCGAAUAGCAGUCAAACGGAGACAAAUGGCCCGGAUCAAAAAGAAACCGUUAAAACUCUUGUUGUGAAGGGAAAAGCACCUGUCGAUGCAGAAUGUAAGGCUAAAGUUGGAAAGGCUCACGUGUAUUGUGAAGGUGAAGAUAUAUUUGAUGUCAUGUUAAAUCAGACAAACCUGCAGUUCAACAACAACAAAUAUUACAUCAUACAGCUACUGGAGGAUGACAACAAAAGGAACUUUAGUGUCUGGAUGCGGUGGGGACGAGUGGGGAAGACUGGACAAAACAGCCUGGUGGACUGUGGUGCGAAUCUGCAAAAAGCCAAGGAGAUCUUUGCAAAGAAAUUCUUUGACAAGACAAAAAAUGAAUGGGAAGAGCGGAGUACGUUUGAAAAAGUGGCUGGAAAAUAUGAUCUUCUUCAAAUGGACUAUACUGGUGGUACCAAGGACGAAGAUGAAAUAGAUGCACCAAAGAAGAAACGAGCAAAGCAGCCUCCCCCGGAGUCAAAACUAGACAAGCGAAUUCAGGAUCUAGUUGAAUUGAUCUGCAACAUUCAGGCCAUGGAGGAAACUGUCAUGGAGAUGAAGUAUGAUACCAAGAAAGCACCCUUAGGGAAGCUGACUGUAGAACAGAUUAAAGCUGGCUACAAAUCACUGAAGAAGAUAGAAGAUUGUAUUAACCGAAAGGUAACAGGAAAGGCCCUGUUGGAGGCUUGCAAUGAGUUCUACACAAGAAUACCACAUGACUUUGGCCUGAAAACACCACCUAUAAUUCGGACAAGGGAAGAACUGAAGGAAAAAAUAAAUUUGCUUGAGACACUCAGCGAUAUCCAGAUAGCCAUUAAGAUGGUGAAGUCUGAGCUGGAAACAGCUGAACAUCCAGUUGACAGACAUUACAACAUGCUACAUUGUGCUUUAACACCUGUGGAGAAGACCUCGCCUGAAUUCCAGGUUAUAGAAAAUUACCUGCAGUCUACCCAUGCCUCCACUCACAAUGACUACACCAUGAAGAUCCUUGAGAUUUUUGAGAUUAAAAAGGAAGGGGAAGAGGAAGUCUUCAGAAAUGACCUGAGUAACCGGGUCUUGCUGUGGCAUGGCUCCAGAUUAUCGAACUAUGUUGGUAUCCUCAGCAAAGGACUACAGGUGGCACCGCCAGAAGCCCCUGUCACUGGUUACAUGUUUGGAAAAGGAAUUUACUUUGCUGACAUGUCCUCCAAAAGCGCAAACUACUGUUUUGCUUCACGUCAGAAAAACACAGGGUUGCUACUGCUGUGUGAGGUGGCCCUUGGAGAAAGUAACGAGUUAUUGGCUGCAGACUAUGAUGCAGACAAACUACCAAAAAUGAAACACAGUACCAAAGGACUUGGUAAAGUUGCCCCAGAUCCCAGCAAAAGUGUCACUCUGCAUGGAGCUAUGGUACCGAUUGGCCCAGCGAAGGACACUGGAGUAAUAAACCCUGGAGGCUACACUUUGAACUACAAUGAAUAUAUAGUCUACAAGCCUGAGCAGGUCUUCAUGAAGUACCUCUUGAAGAUUCAGUUCAAUUUCACAGCACUAUGGUGAAUAGCAGCAAUGAGGUUAAAGUGGACUGAAAGUCAUAAUUAUGAAGAAUUACACAAGGUCCUGAGCAGUCCUCAACCAAGGACAGUCUACUGCUGGUUACUAAAGAAAAUACUUUUAAUUAUUUUCUUUACUCCAUCUGAGAGUUUCCAUUUGUAUGAGUUUUUUUAAAGCAAUCAUUUUAUCAAGUCUUCCACUCCCUUCCGUUAUAUUGUUGUGCUUUACCUAACUUCUCACUUUUUAUUUGCACAUGGUUACUGUGACAAGGUUUCAGUGCAGGUUGUGAAGGAACAUUUUAUUCCUCCGUGCUGCUGUUAAAGCUAUCACUCCAUUUUAAUUAAAUUAUUUGUGAUAUUCUGUGUACAGUACAGAUCCCUAUUUUCAAGUGUGUUACUUCCUGCUUUCACUGAUAUUGAAGUAUAACUGCUUAGUUAAUUACUGGGUAAAAUUAAAAGAGCUGAUGCACAUUUAGGUCAGUGCUACUCAGAUGGCUACAGAGGCUAUCCUUUUUGUCCUUGGAUGGCUCCUGUUCUCUGUAAUGUAAUCUGGAAGUGUGUAUGGUUUGAGAACAGUUGCACUAUUUUUUUUUUUUUAUCUUCAGUUAUAUAUUAGCAUCAUGCUUUACAGGUCAUGUACUUUCCCAAAUAAAUAUUUUUAUACUGUUUCAUUCUUGCUACCUACAUUUGCUGUGUACACAUAUCUAGUGACCUCUUGCAAACCUCUCACACAAGCUAUUGCUGCUGUUCAACUGCUCAGUGCUGGGAGGGUGCCUGAGACCGAUGUUCUCAGACAUCUCUGCUCCAGUUUUGGCUGGCAGUUAUUUCCAUGCUUCAUUUCAUUGAUAGUAAUUUUAUUGUAUUUUAUUUUACAUUUGUUGACCGGGCUAGUCCAACUGGAUAUAUGUCCAUUUUCAGUAGAGGCCCAGGAAGAAAAGCUCCAAAAGGUGCAAUAAUAUCAUAACUUACAAUAUAUGCAAUAGCAGGAAGUUUACAAUACCGUUACCCUUAUUGGGUUUCAUUAUUCGAAUGUCCCUAUCGUUUUAUUUAUUGUAGUAUUUUUCAGCCCUGUACAUGUUGGUACGUGUGCCCACGCGCGCGCACACACACACACACACACACACACACACACACACACACACACACACACACACACACUGAAUGCAUAUUUAGUGAGAAGAAAAGUCAAGUGGAUGUCACCUGCAUAACAUUUACUUACCAUUUUAUUUAUUUAGUAUUUGUUUGCCAGGAUAGUCUGACUAGACAACAAGUGUCCGUUUUCAGCGGAUUCCUGGGGAGAAAAACUCCAUAAGUUUACAGAGAAGGUUUUCUAUAAGUAGAUCUAUUGUGUACACCAUCAAGUGUAAUUGAACUAGAAUAAAAGGUACCAGUUGUCAGAGGUUGUCUGUGCUUCUGCAGCCCAUAUGGUAUAUCAUAUGGAAAAAAAGAACAUGUAUGUAUGUAGGGGUGUAUAUAUGCAUGUGUGCACACUCACACAUACAUGUCUACACACUGAGACACACACAUUUACAAACACGCAAAUGUACUGAAGGAUGGAUAGUUUUUUUUAGGUAACGUCAUUGCUUGGACGGCUUAUACAUUACAUAUUUGUCGAUGUACAACUAGCACUCUGUUUUGGAAAGGCCUGUAGUUGCAUUUGUUAUAACUGGAUAUGCCUUCCUGUCUGCUAUCCAGCUUUAAAACCAUAAGGACAAAAUUUUGUGUGUGCGUGUGUGUAAGUGUAAGCAUGUAUGUGUGCGUGAGAGACUAUAUAGGUUCUGUGGAGUUGAUCUGUUUUAUAAAUGUGUAAUGUGCUUUUAGGAGACAUAUUUCUUUUUACCAACAGAUUGCAUACAGUACCUGUGGUAUUCGGCAUCUGUUCAUUAUAUAAUUCUAUUGCUUUUAAGCAGCUUGUGCAAUAGUAUUGCACCUGUAGGAAUUCUUACUUGGAAUAAAUUGCCUUGUGAGCAUUUAGUGCCUUAAUUUUGGAAUUGUGCCAUUGAACUUUGCUUUGCUGAGUAUAGUGUACGGUAGAGUAAAGGCAUCAUUGCUCCUUUAAAAUGGCCAGGAACUCUCUAAGAUUGGUGCAAAAGGAGUUUUGUGAAAUGGAUCAGUCCUUGGGCUGAUUUUAUUAAGUAGGGGAGUUGGGGUAAGCACCCUUAACACAAGUUUACUUUUGCAGCUGUAUAAUUGGUGACUGUAUAUUACUGGGUAAGUAUUGAUUUGACGGGGGGGGAUCUCUCGUAUCAAUUGCUUUUAUAUAUAUAUAUAUUAGUGUUUUUUUCAGGUUUGCAUUUGUCACCUAUAUUUUAGUUUCCCUCUGUCUCAUUUUAGGUGCAUAUUGCUUUGGUGACUUUAGUUGCUAUGGAACACUAAAUAUAAAGUAAACUAACACAAUAAGAGCACGACACACUUACUAGAAUGUAGAUUUAUUUUAACAUAUCCAGUAGUGUGGCAUUUUGCCUUCAUAGGAAUAUGCAGAGGUACAGGGUGUGUUAAAAUCUGUGCUCUAGUAAGUGCGCCAUGCUCUUAUUUUGUUUAUUUUGUGACUUUAGUUGCUGACAGCUCUUGGGAUUAGUUUGAUUCCCUUUUUAAGUAUCAGUACUGGAGGAAUAUUUCAUCCUGGAACUUCAUUUUAGUUACUUGAUGUAGUAGUCAGUUCAGUUUGUUUUUUUUUGCUGGACCAUGAGGAAAGAUCGAUCUUGAUUUAUGUAGGUGAGAUGGAGAUCUGUGCACAGCUUUAUCUGGGGGCCUCAGUUUGUGCUGCUUGAGUGUAUUUCCAUUAUAUUAAUGAUUAUCUCUGCUGUCAUUUUAGUUUAGUAGUGCUCAUUUCAGCAACUCUAAUCUUUGUGUUAUUUUGGAAGAAACAAAUUGGCUGUUUUUUCAAAUGUGCCACUCCUAGAAAGGUUCUUUUUUUUAUUAUUUCAGGAUUGUAUACACUUGACAGGGGGUGUUCUGUGUCAGUUUAGUCUUUCCUUGUUUUGAAAGUGUUUCUUUUUUGCCAUUUAGAAUGAUGAAGUUGUGUGUUGCCAUUUUCCUGCAGAGCAAGCACUUUCUCCCCCUUUUUUUUUUCUAUUUCAUUUAUUUUUUUUAUUUGGUAAUCUUGGAUUUGGAUUCCCAGAAAUAGGGAGACCUUGUUCAUACAGUGUCUUUUACUUUAUAGAUACAGGAUUACACCAUCUACUGCAGUACAUCUCAUUCUAUGAUUUUUUUUCUUUUUUUACAGUCUGCACACACUUUCCUUGAUGUAUAAUGGGGGUGGAUAAGCUCUCUGACUUUGUAAAAUGUUUGUUUCCCGCAGCUGUUUGUAGUGGGUUAUAGCUUAGCUGGCUUCCUGUACGUCUGGCUGUAUGUAAUGUGUUUCUGCCUGUAAUGUGGAGGUAUUCGUAAUGGUGGACAGUGUUAUUGCAUAUAUAGUUUAUACCAGUCUGGUAAUUGCAGUCAUCAUUCAUAGCAGUAAUCUUUCUUUAUUUGGCGUUUGGAAUAGGAAAGUGUUUCAUGACCAGUGUUGCAGUAACCCAUGGUGUCCUUAAAAAAGCUGAGACACCACUGAUGUUUUCCUGGAGUCUUUUUUUGUCUAGCAUCACUUUGUGCAUAGCCAGUCUGGAUGACCAAAACUUUUUCUUAAGGUCUUGGAUUUUUAUGAAGGAAGUAAUAUCCUUGUUUGAAUUUUUGUUCUAUUGAGAUUAGUUUGUGUUGGUGUCAGCUGUUUCAGCAUCAACAUUUAUACGCAUCCACUUGUUUAAAAGGGCCAUCUAAGAUUGUAAUCAGUGUGUCUAUUAAAUUCUGAAGCUUUAAUAAUCUCUGAAACUCGUACAUGGGUGUUAGAACCAUAGAUGUCAUUUGCAACACUGGUAUCAGUAACAUUGUUGCUUCAAUGCUGCACUUAGCAUUUGUGCUGUAAAUGGUUUGGACUUAGGAAUUUGGCAUCAAGUUGUACAGUGGGGCCAUGCUGUUUCGCCUUUCUGCCUUAAUGGCAGACAAGUUGCCAUUCCAGACAUACGUCUUGUUUUAUAUCCAUACCAUAUUUUAUUUUUCAUCUGAUGAUGACAGCUUGGGUGGCAUUGAGUCUUAGAUUCCAUAUAGCAGUCAUUUUCAUGUAUGUGGUUAACCAAAUGUCCUCAUUUCCUGAUGCUGUGAUUGUUUCUCUCCUUCCCUCUUUAGAACACAUUAAAAGAUGCUGAUAUUCUGUUUAAUAUCUCCUUAGUCCCUGACACUGUUGCAAUCUCUGUCUUAAUCCUUUGGGCAAUGUUCUUACAAAGGAAUUAUUUUGAGAGACUAUAAUAUUUCCUUCAAAAGUCAGUAUGCCAGAUGUAUCAGCACAUAGUAUAAGAGAAGGUGCUAUUUGCCAUUUUGGUAGUUAUUGCUUCUGGGAAAGCUGGGAGUGUCAAUGUUGCCAACUAGAGGAUUUUAACUGUAGGAGAGUGGUAUGACUCCUGCGUCUUUUUCCCAUUCACUGUUCAGCUAGGGGAUUUUAACUGUGGGGGAAUGGUGAGUGUGGCCCCUGUGUCUUUUUCCCAUUUUGUGUUCAGCUAAGGGAUUUUAACUGUGGGGGGUGGUGAGUGUGGCCCCUCUGUCUUUUUCCCAUUCUGUGUCCAGCUAGGGGAUUUUAAUUGUGGAGGAGUGGUGAGUGUGGCCCCCCCUGUAUUUGCUUGCCAGUGAAACAGUGCACACAACUGUGGGAACAUCCCAUUCCAGUCUCUAGUAGUGUUCUCCAGGUGCAGCCGAAGUCCACACCUAUAUCCUGGGGAGGAUGAGGUGGAGCUGGCUUGGCAGUUCAUUCCCCCAGGCCUUCCCUCCAGGAUCAUUUAAUGGAUUUUUUUGGUCAUGGGUCAUAGAGUUAGACUCCCUGUGAGUAUAUCAGCAGGCUUGUUCUCUUUUCAAGUGUUCUCACAGAUUUUAAACCACCUUUUCCCUAAUUCCUCCAAUACCAUGAGCUUGUAAAUGAACUUGCAUAUACCGCAAGAGUGUUUAUUCCAUUGCUGCUGUUGCAAGAAGAAAGAUGCAGCACUAGUUUUCCACAGCAUCAAGUCCUGCUCAGGAUACAAAAAAAGCAGGCAGAGAGGAUGCUCAUAACCCAUAUAAAUACAGGCAGAUUUGUCUCAAAGGUUUCUUGUGAAGCCAACAUGUUGUCCCUAUAAUGAAAAAUAAUCUAGUGUAUUAUAAUAGUGGAAAGGAUAAGAGCUAGGAAUUUGACCUUCUAGUCCAGUGAAUAGGUUUCAGGAGGAGGGUUAAAGGCUUAAACUGGCCUGUUGGUGCAGUGUCAGGUUAUCAGACUGCACUGCAAGCAGUCUGGAUGUUGAAUGGUCAGUCAGGGCAAGAAGGUUUGACAGACUGGCUACCAGCUUUCUUAACUGGGAAAGGGCAUGAGAAUAUCUGAUCAUACCUGAAUGAGAUCUGGAGAGGAAACUAGCAUGACGAGCCUAAUGAGUACACGGGAGGGGUCUGCUAUUCUGGUAAAGUUUUAGAUGCCGAGCUGACAAAGUGUUCACUUUUAGGCUUAUGACAGGGAUGGAUCUGCUCAGCCACAUCAUUAUAAGUAUAUAACUUGUAGUUUCUGUCCUCUUCUUAGUGGUACUGACCGCUGAAUCUUUAGGGUCUAUAUUAGUACACCGAACAUUUGAAAUGCCGGGUGUUCUAAUAUUGACCCAUUUUCAGCGAACGCUGAAAAUAUCGAAGUA